CUCGAGUGGCAGCACGUGACGGUCAUUUCGACGGACAAAAAGAACAAGGAGAGCAAAUGCAAUUAUUGUUUUGUCAUUGUUAAGGGUUCGGCGACGCGCAUUCGGGCGCACUUGGGUCAUAUCGAAGGGCAAGGCAUCUCGAAGUGCCCCAACGUGCCACCGAAAGUGCGCGAGCUCUUCCAGAAGGAACGCCUGCACGCUGUCGGCUACACGGGCAACGCUGUGCCCUGGGAGUCGGACAGCGACGACAGCGGCGUGAAGGAGGACUGAAUUGCAUGUUGGAGGCUGGUUGUUGUGUGGUGCCUGGGUUGCUGAUGGCGGGUGUGCAACUUGUGUGGAAUCAAUAACUUGGUGUAGAGGCGCGAAACGAUGUUUCAGAGGUGCGUUUGGUGGUUAACAUUAAUAGCAAGCUUCUAAUCUGAGUGCAUUUGAGCAGUUGAGGUGACUUUAUAGGUUUCAUGGCGUAGGCACGGCGGUCGGCGGUCGGCACGGGUCGCGGUGAGGUGACCCAUGGGACAGGUGGCAGAGACAGACGUAUUUCAAAUACGUAUUUCUUAACGUAUUCCCGACGUAAUUUUUCAAUACGUAUGUAUUCAAUACGGAUACGUAUAGUGAUACGGAUACGUACAGUGCAACCCUGGCUCAAGGG